CCUUAAUAUAGAUUACAAUGAGCUUCUUGCAGAAUAUUUUCAAUGAUAUUAGUUUGACCAAGAAUAUUUCAGUCUGGAACGACGAUGAGGAUUCAGAUAAAGCAAAUUUAAGAAGAAUAAAGUUGUUAUCCAGCUACUCCAUUUGCAGUUUUCAACAGUUUUUAGAUCAAUCAAAAAGUUCUGGAAGAAAGAAUGAUGUUUUAAGCAAUGCCCUUCUUGAAAAGUCAAAAAGGUCUGAAAAAGACUUACAACUAAAACUUAUACAACAAGCUCUAGGAUUUGCACCUCCUGGCAGUAAUCUAGAUUCUGUCUUUAGAUUUAGAGCUUCAAAAUGGUUUGAACGAAAUAUGUUUGAGUAUGCAUUAUUCGACUUAUGUGAAAUACAAAGCAAAAACAAGAAAGAUCUAGAAAAUAUCAAACUGCUACAGGACAAAUGUGAGUGUUCUGAGAAAAAGAAAAUCAAGGAGGCAACGAUUGAAACACAAAUUAUUUUUCAUAAAUUUUUGCAAAACUUUUCUAGCAGCGUGAAUUUAGGAUCAAGUAAAAAAGGAGGACGGUUUUUGGUGGCUGAUAAAAAUAUCAACCCUGGGGAACUUAUUGCAGAUGAAAACAGUUAUGUGGCUUUACUCGAUAGAAGAUAUAGAGAGACGCACUGUGAGUUCUGUCUGAUCAAAUCAGAAUACCUUAUAUCUUGUCUAGGUUGUGCAUCGGUAUAUUUUUGUUCUGUAAAAUGUAGAGCAGCGGCAACUUUUCAUAGUUCAGAAUGCUUGCUGAUGGAUCAAAUAUUCAAAGCUGAUACUGGUGUGUGGCACCUAGCGCUAAGAAUUGUGUCAGGAAAACCAGCAAGUUACUGGGCAACUAAACCUUAUCUAGCAAAAUUGAAUUCAUAUUCUUCCAAUGCUAUUUCUACCGUGUACAAUCUAGUUACUCACAAAGAUUCAGGAGAUAUAGAAGCCCCUGUUUUAAUGAAAGAAGCCCUUACUGCUCUUUUUUACCUUCGGGUAUUAAAAACUUCCGGGUAUUUCAAAAAUGAAAUUUCAUCCUCAAAUGAGCUUUCAAGUGUUGAAUUAGAGGUCGGAAUUCUUUUGCUGCAUUUUAUGAGAGUAACCUUUUUCAAUUCCCAUGAGGUUACCGAACUUAUUGGUGAAAACGUAGAGAAAAUUGGCUGUUGCUUGAAUCCAUCUUUGGCUUUGAUUAAUCACAGCUGUGAUCCAAACUAUGCCAGAGUUAUGACUGGUAGAAGAUCUUUGGCGUUUGCGACACGACUGAUAAGGAAAGAUGAGGAGAUUAGUGAUGUGUACUCACCAACAUUUUUCAUGGUGGAUCGGAUUACAAGACAUGAUACAACUCAACGAUACAACUUUAUCUGUGAAUGUAAACCAUGCAUUGAAGGCUGGAAAACUGAGCAAAAGAUGAGUUUGAACUUUAUUCCCUUGAAUCCAGGGGACAAUAUUGAUCAACUUGAGAAAGAUAUUAAAUUGAUGCUCAGUGAAAACUGGACCCAGUCCCUUUCUUUAGAUGCAGCAAUUGAAGAAAUUUCAAAAACUUUAAAAGAUUCUCAUCUUAGAAUUGAGCACCCUUGCAAAGGAGUUCUACAACUGGAAAAUCUUCUUCACAGAUUACUGUGGAAGUUUCAUUGUUCAUAAAAUGUAGUCUUUUUUAUUAUUCAA